AGAGGGAGGCGUGGAGAGGAAUGUAGAGACCGAGGGGGUGAGGUUUCCCAGGAACAGAUUUCGAGGCUGCACGCAUUUGAUGAUGGCUGCUAGUCCCUCUCAGUCCAAGCCGCUGGCUUCGCAGGAACUUAAUGGCGACUUCAAGAAGCCAGGCCUGCCCUUGCCCCCGGCGGUGCGGGGCAAAACCCCAGCCACCAGUCCUUCAAACCCUGAGGAGGUAAAGAAGGAAAGGCCCACGGCGCUGCCGGACUCCGAUUCCGCGGAGCCUGAAGUCCCGCCAGCCCUGCUGGACAGCGGGGAGACUAGGGGUCCAGCGGAAGAGCAGCCGCGGCCCCCCACAGCGGCUCCUUCCACUGGCGGCCCGGCCCGGGCUCCCCCUUACCGAGAGCCUCCGUGGGGCGGCCCCGCCACGGCCCCCUACAUCCUAGAGACACUGAAGGGCGGCACCAUCCUUGGCACCCGGAGUUUGAAAGGGAUGAGUUGCUGUCUUUUUGGGAGGCUCGCUAGCUGCGACGUGUGCCUGGAGCCUCCUUCGGUGGUCUCUCGCUACCACGCUGUGCUGCAGCACAGGGUGUCCGGUCCCGAGGCAGAAUGCGACGGCCAAGGGCCUGGCUUCUACCUCUACGAUUUGGGAAGCACCCACGGCACUUUUCUGAACAAAACCCGCAUCCCCCCCCGCACUUAUUGUCGGGUCCACGUCGGGCAUGUUCUUCGCUUUGGAGGCAGCACCCGGCUCUUUCUUUUUCAGGGACCAGAGGAAGACCGAGAGGCAGAAUCUGAGUUGACAGUAACGCAGUUGAAGGAAUUGCGCAAGCAGCAACAAAUGAUGUUGGAGAAGAAGAUGCUGGGAGAAGACUCAGAUGAAGAAGAGGAAACGGAUACAGCUGAAAGAAAGAGAAAUACUAGUAGUCAAGAUGAUGAAAUGGGCUGCACCUGGGGAAUGGGAGAAGAUGCUGUAGAGGAUGAGGCUGAAGAGAACCCCAUUGUCUUAGAGUUUCAGCAGGAAAGAGAGGCCUUUUAUAUAAAGGAUCCAAAAAAGGCUCUCCAAGGUUUUUUUGACCGAGAAGGAGAAGAAUUAGAAUAUGAAUUUGAUGAACAGGGUCAUAGCACUUGGCUUUGCAGGGUGAGAUUACCUGUGGAUGAUUCAACUGGAAAACAGCUAGUGGCUGAGGCUAUUCACUCAGGAAAGAAAAAAGAGGCAAUGAUCCAGUGCUCACUGGAAGCUUGUCGAAUCCUUGAUACUUUGGGAUUGCUGCGUCAGGAGGCAGUAUCUCGGAAAAGGAAAGCCAAGAACUGGGAAGAUGAAGACUUUUAUGAUAGUGAUGAUGACACAUUUCUUGAUCGGACUGGCCUGGUUGAAAAGAAGCGUCUGAACCGAAUGAAGAAGGCUGGGAAGAUUGAUGAGAAGCCAGAGACCUUCGAAUCAUUGGUUGCAAAGUUAAAUGAUGCUGAAAAGGAACUCUCUGAAAUUUCUGAGAGACUGAAAGCCUCCGGCAAAGCUCUAUCAGAGUCACCAUCUCAGGACUCUUUAGAUGCGUUCAUGUCAGAAAUGAAAUCAGGGAAUGCAUUAGAUGGUGUGUCCCGGAAGAAACUUCACCUGAGAACUUUUGAACUGAGAAAAGAACAGCAGAGACUUAAAGGGUUGAUAAAAAUUGUAAAGCCAGCAGAGAUUCCAGAACUAAAAAAAACUGAAAGUCAGGCUACAGAUGGAGAAAACAAAGCUAAAAAGCUUACACUGCCUCUCUUUGGUGCCAUGAAAGGAGGAAGCAAAUUCAAAUUAAAAACUGGAACAAUAGGGAAGUUACCCCCCAAGCGUCCAGAACUCCCUCCAACUCUAAUGAGAAUGAAGGAUGAGCCUGAAGUGGAAGAGGAGGAGGAGGAGGAGGAGGAGGAAGAAGAGCAAGAGGAGAAAGAAAAGGAGGAGCAUGAAAAGGAGAAAAUGGAGGCGGGAAGCAGUAGGCUACAGCAGGAGAUAGAGCCAGAAGGAGCAGUGCAGGAAGCAGGUCCUCCCACAGAUUUCACAUGUUCUAAAGAAACAAAAAAUCAUGAAAACGUGUCUCAACUCGGCCAAGUGGAACAGAAUAAAGGUUACCAAGAGAUUAGAGAGACAGCUGCAUCGUGUGAGGAACCCUCAGCAUCAAAAAAUGAAUAUGAGAAAAGCAGAGAUGAAUUGAAGAAAAAGAAAGCUCCUGGUCUAGGCAAACUUCCACUGACACUUUCCUCCAACUAUCCAGAAGAUGAUCCAGAUUACUGUGUGUGGGUCCCACCUGAAGGCCAAAGUGGAGAUGGCAGGACCCAUCUUAAUGAUAAGUAUGGCUAUUGAUUGCUUCCGAAUCCUAAAGGAAGACCUUGUGGACCAUGUGACAUGGGAUAUUUAGGGUAAUAUAUCAAGUUGAAUGUCCAGAGAAGGAGUUCAGAUGAUCAUUUGUAAAAUCUGGUGACUGGCCUUUUCUUCUGUGCUCUUGGCUUCCUAAAUUUAUCUACCCAUCUGAUUCUCUUGAAUUUGGUAUUUAUGUUUAAAAGUGUUUGUGUAUGUAUGUAAAAAGGAACCAUAUAUUUUGAGAAUUAGUAAAGUGAGAGACAUGACUCUGUUAAAUAAGAAGGUGAAGAUGUCUCAUGUUUAUUUAAGGCUACAGUGUCUGUCUUAAGCUUUAGGGACUGUGCUUUUACUGAGCAAUAGGGUGCUUCUGGCAGUUAGACUUUAGGAUUCACUGGUAAUUGCCUCCUCAAAUAAGUGUUGAAAUAUGAGGUCAUGCCAGGGUGUAACCCUGAGUGUCUCUGUCAUUCUUGGAACUAAAAAUGUAUCUACACAGUGGGGGCUUCCUAUUCCCUCUCACUAUAAUCCUCCUGCCAGGUUUGAGAACACACCCUGACUUAUGAGGACACAGUUCAGGACCACAGCACACCUUGUGCACUCAGGCACUGAUGCUGAUAAAAACUCAGCCCUUUGAAUAUCUUGGACUCUGACCAGUUAGGUUAGUCACUCCUCCUCUUGUGGAAAGGUGCAAAUAAGGUCACAAAAUGAAAAGCUGGAUGUGUUCUGCCCACUAUAGGGUUUCUCACCUCUGUAGAGAGGGGAGUAAAAGUUCCUUCCCCUCUGGAAACAUGAAGAAAUGCAAGAAUAUGUCUUAUUCCCACCUCGCCCCCCACUUCCCAUCAUCGGUGCCUCACUUCCACAGGAAAGGAAAGCCUAAGAGUGGAAACAAGGUGGAAAACCAGUGGAUUAUGCUGGAGGCAGACAUAGUGAGCAGGCAGGAGAAUGGCUGUGGCCCAGCGAGAGGGAGUGGAUGAGGAUGAUGCUUUCCCAAUAUGGAUUAUAUGGGAUGCAUGAGGUGGGCAGGAAGCAGUAACAAGAAACUUCAGUUACCCUAACAGAUGUCUGUUCUACUAAAAAUAAGUCUGAUUUCUCAAAAAACAAUACCAGUAUUGGCAUUAUGAGAAACUAUUAUUUUGGACUUCAUUUAGACCAACAGGGAAGAACUUGUUGAUGAUGUAAGAAGUGACAGGAAUUCGGGGGCAGUGUCUGUGCCACCUUGGAUUGAAACUGCGGACUAAGGUCAGAGCCAGAUCAGUGGUCUUCAGAGGUGAAACUCCUGAUUCAAAUAGAAUUGUAUGUGGAACCCUAAUACUUGAACAGGUAAAAAAUAUGCCUGCUCUGGUUGAAUUGAGGUGGGGAUGGAUGGGGAUUGGAUGUACACAUGCAUACCUGCAUGCAUGCAAUCCUCUCCUCCUCACUCUACCCUCACAGUGACCUUGAGGAAUCCUAGGGACUCCACAGAGCAUCGUCUGCUUUAGGAAUGCAGAUAUCUAAAUGUUCUGGGAAGGGUAGGUAUGGUCCUAUGUCUUGAGAGCAUGAAAGCAGGUAGGACUCCAUUGGCCAAAAUAAAAUAUAAAUAUGUAACUUGUACAAUUAAUAUCAGUGGUCAGUGGACUUGUUUCAAAAGACCUGCACGUGAGUGUUAGCUUCUCUUUACUAAAUAGGAGAUUUGGGGACGUGACUUUUCCCUGAGCCUGAAUUCUGUCAUGUGUGAAGCAGGGACAGUAAUGCUUUUUGCUCUUUGGACCUCGGAUUUGUUCUAGGAUCAAAUGAGACCAUGUAGAUGGAUGUGCUUUACAGGGAUUUGUAGAUAUUAGUAGUUGUUAUUCAUUACAAAAAAGAGACAUAUCCUGACAUCUGGGCCGACUUACCUGUGAGAGGAGACUGGAUUAUAUCAGUGAUUCUCCACUGUAGCUGCAUAUUAGAAUUACCUAGGGAAAUUUUUGAAGUUUUUGAUUCUAAUACUAGGAUCCCAUGUCAGAUCAAUUUAAUCAGAAUCUCUGAGUUGAUCCCUUUUAAAAGCACUGCAGGUGAUUUUAAUGUGCGGCCCAUAAUGGAGAACCUCUAGAGCAGAGUCAGCAAACCAUUUUUAUUAAUGGCCAGGUAUUUGAGGCUUUGCAAGCCAUAUAAUCUGUCGCAACUACUCAGCUCUGCCAUUGGAGUGCAAAUGGCAUAGGCAGUAUACAAACGAAUGAGUGUGACUGUGUUCCAAUAAAUAUUUACUUAUAAAAACAGGUGGCAGGACUUCCCUGGUGGUCCAGUGGCUAAGACUCCAUGCUCCCAAUGCAGGGGGCCCGGGUUCCAUCCCUGGUCAGGGAACUAGAUCCCACAUGCCGCAACUAAAGAUCCCGCACGCCACAACUAAGACCCAGCACGGUCAAAUAAAUAAAUAAAUAUUUUAAAAACGAAAACAGGUGGCAGGCCAGGUUUGGCCCACUCAGCUCUAGGCUAAUUCAUCUUUGGGGUCUCACCUGACUCAAGAUGUUCAUUACAGUGUCUUUAGGAUAUUUGAAAAGUUUCUAUUCAGAAGGCUAAUUACCCCCUCCUGAACUGUAUGGGUUGCAGUUUUUUGGUUACCAGAAAUUAAAGUGAUCUAGUCUCCUUUUCACAGAAACGAAAGCAAGGUUAUUAGUCAUUACAAAAAAUAUUGUUACAGCAAGAACGCAACAGGUUAUCUGUAAGCAGGGUGUCCCUGGUCUCUCCUGGCCUCCCCAGGAAUUCUGUAUCAUAUCUGCCUCUGUAUUUAAAGAGCAACGGGAAGCCACUGGGAUGUUAGUGAUAGUGAAAUGAUCAGAUUUGGGUCUUUAAAAGAACACUUAAGCUACAGGUUGGAGGAAGGAUGGAAGAGGGCAAGAGGAUGCAGGAAGACCAGUCAAAAGUCUGCUGCAGAGAUCCAGGUGAAAGAUGAUGGCAGCUUGAACUAAGUGGAGAUCGAGAUACAAAGAUAGAAAUGGGUCCCUGCAAUAUUUUAACAAGUAGAAUGGCUGAGACUGAGUGAUGGAUUGUCUGGGAGUGAAGGGAGAAGGAGGCUGGAGGGUAAUUCCUAGAUCGCUGGCUUAUACAUCUGAAUGGCGGAUGGCGUCAUUUGCUGAGAUGAGGGGACACUGGAGGAGGACCAGGUGGAGGUGGAGGAGAUCGUGAAUUCCAUUUGGACAAGUUGAAUUUGAUGUCCCUUUAAGACAUCUAAGUAAAGGUGUCCAGAAAGCAGUUGAAUAUAGAGGUCUGGAUCUCAAGAGAGGGCUAGAGAACAGUUUCAGUCUUCUACCAGAUGAGCCUAAGAUUCAGGUGAUUUUGAAGACCAGGUGGCAGGCACGAAUUUUGCAGGCAGACCCCAGUCUUGGACAACUAGUCUCCAUAUCUUUGGUAUUGGGAACAGUUUUUCUUGGCUAUGGGUACUCAUUUAUUUGGGGAAAAAGUAAAGUAAGUGGUACAGUAAACAACAUUCUGGAAAGAAAGGUCAGGGGUGUGAGUGUAACUUUAAAACAAAUCUCUUUGUCUGCUUUAGGACAUUUCUAAGGAUUUUGCAUAGUGCCUGGUAUAUGCAAUAAAUGUUUGUUGAGUGCCUGCUAUAAAUAUUUUCCCUGGAAUUGUCCCAAUCUAGCAUAGGAAGUAUGAAGUCCCAUUAUUUCCUUAUAGCCCAUUACAAGCCUUUACCCAUUACUACUUCACUGUAGCUGGAUGGAGUUAACUCUUUGGGAAAUAAUGACACAAUUCCUAUCAAACUUUGAAGUCUUAGCCACAGCCUGGGGAUCUGUUGCUUUACCAUUGAAAUGCUGCCACCUCCCGGAUAGGGUGUGACAAGUGACCAGCAGCUGUGGACGGCUUCCUGAGAGAGGGAGCCAGAGGGAAGGAAGCCCGCCAGCCCUGUGGCAAUCAAAAGCAGGAAUGCAAACCCCUGGCGCGGCUGAGCUCCCGUACAACGUCUGGUCCAUCCCUGUUUGGACCAAACCAGGUUUGACAAACUGCUGGGAAAUGACGUAAAACUCUCCUUGACCUUUGUGGAGGGUGGGUCGCGGCAUCAAACUGGUAUCAUGUCUUCUUGUGACAGGCUGCUCUUUGAUCAUGAGAUUCCUCAUUUGAUGUGGGCAUUGAGAACCAUUUUCAAGAUUUCUUCUCAGCAAUCUGAGAGGACUGUGCCCUGCUUUGGUUUUAGAGGUUUGUCACUACGACAGUCCAGGGUGGGACUGAGACCUCUAUUCCACGGGAGACCAGAAGUCUUUCUCCCCCCAAGAGGACCUGGCACUGAUGACAGGUUUGAGGGCUCAGCAUGUGAGGGGACAGUGGUUCCCACUGAAUGUAGCUUCACCUUCUUCAUCCUCCAAAUCAAUCUUUUUUUUUUUAAUUUCAAGUCUUCAUAGAAUUUAUUUGUAAUACAUUUUAAUGAAGUAUCAAUAAAAUUGAUGAUAUGACUGAACAGAUUUCUAUUUCAUUUGGAAAGUGUGAGAAAUAUGUAGUGUGAAAUUUUUAUAGAUUUAAUAAUAACUCUCUAUCUGAACUUAGUCUACAUUCUUGGUUCUGACCAUACUAAUUGCCAAUUUCACAUGGAAUCUUAAGUGUAGCGUUUAGAGUCUU